AUGGCACAACCCACAAAGGCAGCUGACUGGGCUGACGACGAGGAAUUCGAUGAUUCCAACGCCCUCCCGCCACAGCAAGUUCUUACAAACAAAGAUGGCACCAAGACCGUGAUAUCAUACCGCUUCGAUGAUGAUGGCAAGAAAGUCAAGACCACCCGUCGCAUCCGCACAACAGUCGUCAAAGAGCACGUCAACCCCCGCGUAGCUGAGCGAAGGGGAUGGGCCAAGUUCGGCUUGGAGAAGGGCCACCCCCCAGGCCCUUCAUUCGAUACCACCUCCGUUGGAGAGAACAUUAUAUUCCGGCCCAGCGUGAACUGGAAGGCUCAGGCGAAGGAAGCCGAGAAGGAGGGCGAGAAGGGCAGUUUGAAGGAACAGCUGAAGGACAAGAAAGUCAAGUGCCGAAUUUGUAACGGCGAGCAUUUCACUGCCAGAUGUCCGUUCAAAGAUACCAUGGCACCUGUUGAAGAGGGUGCCGGAGGUGCGGGCAUGGAUAUGGAUGGGGGCGAUGACAAGCCGGCUCCUGGUGGCCUGGGCCAGAGCGGAGGAAGUUAUGUUCCUCCUGCUAUGAGAAAAGGCGGUGCCGGUGCUGGUGAUAAGAUGGGUGGCAAGUAUGAGAGAGACGACCUGGCGACGCUGCGUGUUACCAAUGUUUCCGAGCUGGCUGAGGAACAAGAGCUUCGCGAUAUGUUUGAGCGGUUCGGACGAGUCACGCGAGUCUUCCUUGCUAAGGACAGAGAAACAAAUAUGGCCAAGGGCUUUGCUUUCAUCAGUUUUGCGGACAGGAGUGAUGCUGCUCGUGCUUGUGACAAGAUGGACGGCUUUGGUUAUCGACACUUGAUUCUUCGAGUCGAAUUCGCUAAAAAGAGCGCCGACUCGAAAUAA